AAUCCGACGGAUGAGAAAGAAACCCUAGUUGAGCCAAAGCUGAGAGUGUGGCUGGCUACUUAAGUUAAACCAUCCCGCUGCUAUCGCCCUCUCUUGUUCUCGCUCAACGCUCUCUUCUUCUGCUUCUGGUCAAGCCAAUCUCAAAAGACUUCCCUUUUAGCUCACAGCUCCUCUCUUGAGUACUAUAAUGGGUAAGGAGAAGGUUCACAUCAACAUUGUGGUCAUCGGCCAUGUCGACUCUGGGAAGUCUACAACCACUGGUCAUUUGAUCUACAAGCUUGGUGGUAUUGACAAGCGUGUGAUUGAGAGGUUUGAGAAGGAGGCUGCUGAGAUGAACAAAAGGUCAUUUAAGUAUGCAUGGGUGCUUGACAAGCUUAAGGCCGAACGUGAACGUGGUAUUACCAUCGAUAUUGCCCUCUGGAAGUUUGAGACUACCAAAUACUACUGCACUGUCAUUGAUGCCCCUGGACACCGUGACUUUAUCAAGAACAUGAUUACUGGUACCUCACAGGCUGACUGUGCUGUUCUCAUUAUCGACUCGACCACUGGUGGUUUUGAAGCUGGUAUCUCAAAGGAUGGUCAGACACGUGAGCAUGCUUUGCUUGCAUUUACCCUUGGUGUCAAGCAGAUGAUUUGCUGCUGCAACAAGAUGGAUGCAACAACUCCAAAAUACUCCAAGGCAAGGUAUGAUGAAAUUGUGAAGGAAGUCUCCUCAUAUCUUAAGAAAGUUGGUUACAACCCUGACAAGAUCCCAUUUGUCCCAAUCUCUGGAUUUGAGGGUGAUAACAUGAUUGAGAGGUCUACCAACCUUGACUGGUACAAGGGUCCCACUCUCCUUGAGGCUCUUGACCAGAUCAAUGAGCCCAAGAGGCCUUCAGACAAGCCACUCCGGCUCCCACUUCAGGAUGUCUACAAGAUUGGUGGCAUUGGAACUGUCCCUGUUGGUCGUGUUGAGACUGGUGUCCUUAAGCCUGGUAUGGUAGUGACCUUUGGCCCCUCUGGUCUGACCACUGAAGUUAAGUCUGUUGAGAUGCACCAUGAAGCCCUCUCUGAGGCUCUCCCUGGUGACAAUGUUGGAUUCAAUGUCAAGAACGUUGCUGUUAAGGAUCUCAAGCGUGGUUUCGUUGCUUCAAACUCUAAGGAUGAUCCUGCAAAGGAGGCUGCCAGCUUCACCUCUCAGGUCAUCAUCAUGAACCACCCUGGGCAGAUUGGAAACGGAUAUGCCCCAGUCCUUGACUGCCAUACCUCCCACAUUGCUGUGAAAUUUUCCGAAUUGCUAACCAAGAUCGACAGGCGAUCUGGAAAGGAGCUUGAGAAGGAGCCCAAGUUCUUGAAGAAUGGUGAUGCAGGGAUGAUAAAGAUGGUUCCCACCAAGCCUAUGGUUGUGGAGACUUUCUCUGAGUACCCACCACUUGGACGGUUUGCUGUCAGGGACAUGCGUCAGACUGUGGCUGUUGGUGUCAUCAAGAGCGUUGAGAAGAAGGAUCCAACCGGUGCUAAGGUCACCAAAUCUGCUGCCAAGAAGAAAUGAGAUUGCAUUUGAGAAGCCAGGAUAGUUUCUGAGUUUUGGUCUUAUUUUUGUCUGGUAGUAAUUGUAUGGAAAUAUUUUGACCAUUUUUUAUAUGCUUUAUCGUGUAUUGUUUUGGUUCCGAAAUUGAUCAAGAAUUGUUGAAUUUUCUUGUUUAACUUUUCCUGGUUAAUUUUAGAUUAAGGUACCGUGUUUUUAA